CUCCAGAUGGACGUCGCUGCCCUCCGCGCCGAGAUCAAGGCUUGGGAACGCAGCUUCAGGGCCAACCACAGCAGAGAUCCCUCCAUACAGGAGAUCAAGGACCAGCCAGCGAUCGCCGCAAAGUACAAGCUCUACAAGUCCCUCUCAAAGGCUGCCCCAUCCGGCAACCUCUCUCACUCUGCCCGCUCUUCCACUCCCCCGCCCUCUCUACCACGUCAACCACCUGCCUCAUCCAUCCUGACCAAGUCGCGAGCCGUCAAGGUCGAUCCUCCCGUUUCGACUUCCAAUCCAUUCUCUCCUGUCAAGAACAGGAACAAGUACCCGAACCAUGCUUCAUCAUCACAACGUGCAUCUAAUCAAUCGCGUUCGAAUCCCUUCGCUACCCCAUCCAAACCGAAGAACAAACCACAUGCUCCCCCUCGCUCGCCUUCUCCCGACCCCUUCCCACCCAUUGAGCCCCUCCUUCUGGUACCGCGCCCACCGUCGUCCCCCGCAGCAGAUUCUGCACUCACAAGAGCACGUAAACGUCUCCGAGGAGAACAGGUCUCACCCUCUCCAGUCAAGGAGAAGCGCGCACGUGUCUCCUCCCAGGCCACCCUCUCCUUCACGGGCCGUGCUGCUCUCCUUGAUAGCCCAGACGCGUCAGACGGAGAUGACUUCGCUGCGGAUGUCAAUGACUCGAUUAUUGCUGACACGCCCAUGAAGCCUCGCACGGGCGGGAGGAACUUCAAGGUGCUCUUCGAUGACGCGCUCACGAACGGCGAGAGACGUCCUAUGAAAGUGCUCUCGUCUUCCCACAAGAAGAGCGCUUCCUCAGCGUCUGGUUCUGGUUCGAAGCGGGAGAUAUCACGAGCCCUCACUCCCUCCUCGGACGAGGAAGAGGACUGGAGUUUGAAGCCCCGGCUGAAGAGUCUCGAAGUGUCCGCCGCGAUUCCGGCCAGGUCCGGACAAUCUACACGGCGUAUUGUCAACAAGAAGCGCGGUAUACCCGGGGCAUUUGUGCCGACGAAGGACGACUUACGUGCAGAUAUCGGACCGGCCAGCACGUCUCAAUCGAAAGGUCCUCCCGGUAUCUCCUCGAGCCUGUCGGGCGCCUCCAGCUCUUCUUCGCGAGCCGGCAACAAGCGUACAUUCCCGAAUGAUCUUGACGAUACCAACGACGACAAUACCACCGGCUCGAACGCUCUCCUAAACUUGCCUCUCCUUCCGCCGUCACCGCCUCCCCCAGAUGCAUCGAAACCUUCGGGACCGAUGUACGCCGAGAAGAGGAGGGGGAAGUCCGGUCCCCUCGGGCGGAAGAAGCCUAAGUUGCUUCACGGCGCCGACGGUGCCGACGACGAAGGCGCAGACAGCCUGGAGGACGACGAGAUCCAAGUCCGGGAACUUGACCCGCUCGCGCAGUUACCUGCAGCCGGUCACGUAGACGAUACGGGAUCCGAUUGGGAGGCGCACUGGGGAGCACGACAGGGGUCUUGCGAGUCGGCGGCGCUCCUUGCGUCUUCUGUCGAUCCUGGAAGGUUUGAAGUGACCCUGCCAGACGAAUUGCAGCGAGUGCUGGCCAUUUCGCCUGGCGGGCGUAAGAGGGAGACAGAAGAGGAGAAGGUCGUGCGAGGGCUUCUAUAUGGGAGCAGGGAGACUCAUUAUGACGCCGCUAAAGGGGGAGAGAUAUGGGAUGUCGGAGAGGAGUCUGAGCAUGGCGAAGGCACCGAAGAGGACUGGGAGGGCGAUCCUGUGCCCUGGGAAGCGGGGGAGUUGUAGGCUGUGUCACAGUAUGUGUCCACUCAUCUGUACGGAAUACUCACUUUGAUCUGCAUGCUUGACUUGCGCUGCACAAUCACCUUGCGACAGUGCUGUGGUCGUGCAGGUCGUGUGCGUCCAGUACAGAAGCUCCUCCCAUGGCAUAAACAUGCUCCUCCCCGAGACGUGUGGACGAGGCGUGUCGCGACUCACGUGAGGCGCGUGCUACCGUGUUAUGGGCGGCUGCGCACUGUCCGCCCGUGUUCUGGCAGAGCUUAUGUCCUCGUUGAUCGUGCGUGCUUACGAUUGCAGGUGUAGACCCCAGCGUUCUAUCAAUGUGCGACGAGCCACGACCACCAUGCGCCGGCGAGUGGACAGCGUUUCAGCCAACAGUAUAUUUUUCCGCCCUCACGUCUCUCGGAACUUCCUAACUCACCGUCGCAUUGUGCACCUCCGUGUGUCUGUCGAAGCACGACUCUGUCCAAUCCCGUACCCUCAGAUCCUCCACGAAGCUUCAUCUCCUUUCGCGUCAACUGCUAUAUCUAUUCCAGAUUGAACGUGCCAGUUCC